AUGACGGAUUCGAAAGGCGGGCAUUCGACCGAGUUUGAGCCCACGUCACUCGACGCGAAUCAACACGGGAUUGCACAAAAUACCAUCGACGAAGGGAAAUCCAAUUACGGCGCCAAAACAUCAGUGGGCCGUGACGUUGGAGCAAAGAUGCCGCCUUCCAAAGCGUCAACCGGAGGAUACGGUUUACCAGAGAUCAGCAGCGGCGGGCAGUCAUUGAGCGACAGCGUGAAUGAGGCAUUGAAAGGCAGGACGGGCACAGCGCAGGACAAGGCACAGAGGAUCGACGAGAGCGUCAAAGCCGGCGGCGGAGAGGAUCUGCAUGAGACGGCUGCAGCGAAGCAGCCGUGA